ACUUCUCUUCUUUGGUUUCAAAUAUGGGGAAAAUGGCCUCUCUAGUUGCUACUCUUUUAGUGGUUUUAGUGUCACUUAGCUUAGCUUCCGAAAGCUCAGCAAAUUAUCAAUACUCAUCUCCCCCACCACCAAAGGAGUCAUACCACCCUUCGCCAACACCUUAUCAUCCUGCACCAGUUUACAAAUCACCACCACCACCAACUCCAGUUUACAAGUCACCACCACCACCUAAGGAGCCACACUAUCCUCCACACACUCCGGUUUACAAGUCGCCUCCUCCUCCAACUCCAGUUUACAAGUCACCACCACCACCGGUGAAGCCAUACCAUCCAGCACCAGUUUAUAAGUCACCACCACCCCCUACGCCUGUUUACAAGUCACCACCACCACCAGUGACGCCACACCAUCCUGCACCAGUAUACAAGUCUCCACCACCACCAACUCCAGUUUAUAAGUCACCACCACCUCCAACACCCGUUUACAAGUCACCACCACCACCAGUGAAGCCAUACCAUCCUGCACCAGUAUACAAGUCACCACCACCUCCAACACCCGUUUACAAGUCACCACCACCACCAGUGAAGCCAUACCAUCCUGCACCAGUAUACAAGUCACCACCACCUCCAACUCCCGUUUACAAGUCACCACCACCACCAGUGAAGCCAUACCAUCCUGCACCAGUAUACAAGUCUCCACCACCACCAGUGAAGCCAUACCAUCAUGCACCAGUAUACAAGUCACCACCACCUCCAACACCUUUUUACAAGUCACCACCACCACCGAUGAAGCCAUACCAUCCUACACCUGUAUACAAGUCUCCACCACCACCAACUCCCGUUUACAUGUCCCCACCACCACCUGUGAAGCCAUACCAUCAUACACCUGUGUACAAGUCUCCACCACCAUCAACUCCCGUUUACAAAUCACCACCACCACCAGUGAAGCCAUACCAUCCUUCACCAACACCACACCAUCCUACUCCAGUAUACAAGUCUCCACCACCCCACUAUAUUUAUUCCUCUCCCCCUCCUCCCCACCAUUACUAAGAAGUGACUUCUUCAUUAUAUAUGAGGAAAAGCAUAAUGUAGAGGUUAAAGGAAGGCAUUUUCAUUUUCGAGAGACAAUGAUAAAAAGAAGAAAAUUAAAUUUUAGUAAAUAAUAAGGCGAAGUUCUUUUGUAGCUUCAUGUUAUCUAAGUUAGUGAUAUUAUUUUUAUACUCUAUUUUUAUAUUUUACUUUUAUGUCUUUGUGUAUGUUUGUUCGAUCUCCUUGCCAAAUGCGGAGAUUAUGAGAUGAAUAAAAUCAAUUAUUACAAUA